UUAUAACGGCGAGCGGCGGCGCUCUGAGGGCGCCGUCCUGAGAGCAGCGGACUGCCGUGCCCGGAGUGCCAACUUGAUGAGAUUCUUCCUUCCGGUGUCAGUAACAACACUUUCACCAUGAGCAAUUCUACUCAACAAACAGGUAACCAGAAUGAACCUAAGAAAUCUAAAAGAGGAAGACCCGUUUCACGUGUCCUUCAUAUUCGUCAACUUCCAGAUGAGGCUACUGAAGAUGAUGUCAUUUCAUUAGUCCGCCCUUUUGGCAAAGUAACCAACUUAGUGAUGAUGAAAGGAAAAAGUCAGGCACUUUUGGAAAUGGCUACUGAAGAAGCUGCUACUAAUAUGGUGGACUCCUAUGCUUCUGUUCCGCCUGUCCUCCACAGUCAUCCUGUUUAUUUUCAGUUUUCCAAUUAUACAGAACUUAAGUUUAUCGAUACACCUCAUCAGAUUGAAGCCCAAGGUGCAUUGCAAGCUGCGAAUCCUAGGGAGUCUGGAAACCUGUCUGAUACAGGUGCUCGUGGUGCUGAAGCUGCAUGUGCUCCAAUUUACGGUCCUGUUCUUCGAAUCAUGAUUGACAAUGUGUUCUACCCUGUUACUUUAGAAGUGUUGCAUCAGAUUUUCUCUAGAUAUGGAAAUGUCUUGAAAAUUGUCAUGUUCACUAAGAACAAUAAUCUCCAAGUUUUGCUCCAGUAUGAUGAUCCAGUUAAUGCAUUUCAUGCCAAAAUGUGUCUGGAUGGCCACAGUAUCUACAAUGCAUGCUGCACCCUACGUAUUGAUUUCUCCAGGUUAGCUAACCUUACAGUAAGGUACAACAAUGAAAAAAGUAGAGAUUUCACUCGCAUUGACCUUCCUUCUGGCUACAGACGACGACACCUGCAGCCACAGCCAUGUAUAGCUCCUAAUUUAGGGACCCAACAUAGCCCCUUCCCAUUUUAUCAAGGGGCUACUGGGUUUACACCAGUUAUGGGCUUUCCUCAGGCUUCUGGCACCACAUCUCCAGUGUCUGGACAGAUAGCUAUUCCUUGUGAUACUGGUGUUCGGGGAACUACUGUUUUACUAGUCAGCAACCUCAACACUGAAGCGAUCACAACGUAUGGACUUUUCAUCCUGUUUGGACUGUAUGGUGAUGUGCAUCGUGUGAAGAUCAUGUAUACCAGGAAAGAAAAUGCUUUGAUUCAGAUGGCAAAUCGAAGGCAAGCUUGCCUAGCUAUCAGAUACUUGAAUGGACAGAUUCUGUAUGGAAGGAUCAUCAGCACUACUUUUUCAAAAUACCAGUCAGUUCGACUUCUUCAUAGGGGACAAAGGGACUACGGUCUGACGAAGGACUACAGCAGAAGUCAUCUAUGUCGCUUCAAGAGGCGUGUCUCAAGGAACUUCCAAAGUGUUGUUCCUCCAUCAGACACCCUGUAUCUUUCUAACAUCCCGCUUUCUACUACUGCUGCUGAUCUGGAGAAACUUUUUUCAGAUACAGGAUCUACUGUGAAAGCCUUCAAAUUCUUUCCGAGAGAUUGCAGGAUGGCUCUUAUCCAGCUGGCCUCUGUGGAAGAAGCAAUUCAUGCUCUCAUUAAGUGUCAAUAUCAUGACUUUGGACAAAACCAUCACCUCAGAAUUUCCUUCUCAAAAUGUAGAAUCUGACUCUUCUGUUUACUUUCUUUUUAAGAAUUUAUCACAAUUUCAGUAAAAUGUUCAAAUAGAAGCUGAAACAGCUGUGACCAACUCUAUCAAAAGAAAAAGCUCAUUCAUACACAAAUAAUUAAGUGAUGACCUUUUCUGAUUUUUCUGCCAGUAUAUGAUCAAAUUUUAAUAGAAAGAUUCUUCUGUGAAAUUGCCUUAGCAACAAUAUAUAUCAUGAAAUUUCCUACCUGAAAUUAUAUUUUGAGGACAUCCUCUUAGCUUUUGUUCAAAAUCAGCCUUACAAAGCAUUUUACAAAGAGUAUUUCUAACAAAAUGUUAAAUCUACUUUGCACAGAUGAAACACUAAUUCGAAUGUGAAAUAGUGCCUGGGUUUCUUGAAAAAAAGCAAGCACAGACUCAGAGUGUCUUCUAAAUAGUAUUUAUAUUACCAGGGUGUGUGUUCAUACCUUGGAAAAUAUUUACAAAUAACUUCUAAAAAACCAAAAGGCUGUGCUGUUCAUAUGGUUUAAAUUAUUAGAGAAAAACCAGUGCCUUAUUUCUGUGGAGAGAUAUUUGACAAAUAAAAGGUAUUUCAUAAGGUUCUUCAAGAUGUGGUAUGAGAGACUUAUCUUGACUUAACCAUGGAGUUGAAGUUUGAUGUCUUCUUACUCUGAUGUUGUACUUCAGGCAAAAUAAGACAAAAAAAUAUUAAUGAUUUAAAACAAUUUUUUUACAUUUCUUUCAAGAACAAAAUGUUUACAACCUUACGGAAAAUAUUCAGGUCUAUGAUGGUUUGACAAAUCCUUAAGAACCUAUUUUUGCUAAAGUCCUCUAAGGGAAAAAAAUUGUAUGUCAAGAGGUUUUUGUGCCACUAUAAUGUCUAACGCUUAAAUUACUGUGUAUUUCCUUGACUUCUUAGUAUGUGCCUUACUAUGUGCUUAUGGUACAACAUCAUAGGAGUUUUGUCUGAACUAUCUUGAAAAAUAUGGUGUGGGUUUUAUGAAAAUUCUCUUAUUUUGAAGUAUCAGGGAAAACAUUUCUGAAAAUACUGUUUUCUUCAUUGAGUAAUACUGUGAGUUCUAGUCUCAUGUGCUUUGGAAUAGAGGUGGGAAUAAGGUUUAACUCAUUGUAUAAUUGUGUAGGAAUUCUUUGAAUUUUCUGGUUGCAAUUGUCUAGUACCAGUACUUGGCUUAAAAAAAUUUCAAACUCAGAAAAGUGCACUAAAAAUAAACCAGCAUAUGAAAAUCAAACAGCAAAUUCA